CCACUGGUCCACACCGACACACACACGGUUGGUGUCUCACUCACUUGCAACAUUGCGAUAUCAACAUGACACCCACACCCAUCCCCUUGCCCCUCUCUCUCACUGCACAGCAGAGAAGUAGUCAGUGAUCUUGCGCUGCAUCGGGUCACCGACAAAACCGAUGCGGCGCACCUCCACGCAACACAGAUGGGCCAAUGGGGUCAGCUCCACGAGGUCAAAACCGGCCGCCCGCAGCAGCGCAUGAAAGCGGCCGCCGCCCAGCUGGGCUUGCUCAAGCACACUCAGGAACUGGCUGUAGUCGAGUUGGCUGUCUUCCUGUCUGCCGUACUCACAGCAACUUUGCGGGCACAGAUCCACCUCAAGCACAAUGCUAUGCAGACAUGGCAGAAUGGCGAUGGCAUGCAUGUGCAUCCUGACGACUGACUCAUUGGACCACUCCAUCCCCUCCUCGUCGUCACAGGCACACACCUCGACAGAAUGGGUAGCGCGAGACAUGCGCUCGUGGAACGGCUUGUCUGCCUCUUCCUCUCCUGCCUCAUCCACCCACAGCGACCACUCCCCCACCCCCUCCUCAAUGUCGACACCACACCUGACAACCGUGAGGUUGCCCAGCUGCUCUAGCACUGACUGCACGUGUCCCUCUGCUAGGCUGGCCAGCCCUUGGCUGGCCAGCCCUUCCCCAUCGAAUGAGAAAAGGUCUGCCUCUGUGACGUGAGGAAACAUAUGACCGAUACGCGACAGAAAGGCAGCCGGCACAGGAAAGAGAUUAUGCCGGACCUCCCGGUAGAUGCUCAGCGAAGAGACUCGGGGAAAAUUGAGUUUGGACACGACAGAAUAGAGUUGAGGCGAGAAGUUGUGGGCGUUGGAGAAUGCUACAGGCAGUGAGGCAGAGGUAGCCAUCGAUGCAAACUUCUGAAUGGUCUGGGCGCACUCGAGCAGGUCGGCGUCCGUCAUGUGGAAGAGCGCGGAGAAGUUGAAGUAGAGUAUCUCGUAGCGCCACACCUCCUCGGCACCGGCCGCCAGACACCGUAUGCGAAACGCGUUGAUGGCCUGAAUGCCCACAACAACACAUGAAAGGUGGCCAGGCCUUCACGAGCGUGCGCUCCUCACCUUUAUGGAGGCCGCAGAAUUGACGAACAUGUCGCUCGUCAUGUCAAACGCAUCGAGCUUCAGGCCGCACUCGCUGAGCCGCUGUGCAUCCCAUGGGCCCAUGUCGGUGACCGUGAGGCGCUUCAAGCUGCUGAGAUCGACUCCAGCGGGCAUGCCGGAGCCCCAGUGCAGGCCAUCAGCAUGGUCCAGCUCGAGUGUGUGUAGCGCUCGACUGAAGUGGUGCCAGGGGUGGCAGCAGCUGUAGGAUGAUGAAACGCACAGUGACUCAAGCGAGCUGCAGAAGAGAGGAAACAUACACACACAAAGAGAUACAGUAUCGUUGGAAGGCCCCUAGCUGUGAGGCCGAUACCUGAGCCGCCACAUUCGCAUUUCAGCCACUUGCACCCAAUGACCAGCGACAGCGACUUGGGCCAGCACCGGGAACUCGAGCUCCACCGACGACUGAUGCACCACGGGUUCGCUCCACUCGCGGUCGUCCACCUUCAGGAACGUCAGCGUCUUGCGUGUGGCCUCGAUCAGACGCACAAGGCCACCCUCCACCGGACACAUCAUGACGAUGCGCUUCGUGCGAGUGAGGCGGGGGGACCAUGCAGCUGUCUGACGGUCGGUAACGGGGAUGGGCUUGUGUCUGCGGGAGUUGCGGUACGUGUUCCUCAGGUAGAUGGUGCGAUGCAUCUGUGGGUCUGUGGCGAUGGUGUGGAAGGCCUUGCGGACGAGUGAGAGGGUGCCGAUGAUGCACUGGGUGCCAAGCAAUUCGCUGAGGACGGUGCGGCGGACGUCAUCGGGAAGCAGAUGCAGUGACUGCAGAGACUGAAGACAAGCAAAGCAGGCACCGCCAACCAAUGAACGAAAGAUGGCCGAAAGCGGUUGAAUGCACUUGUGUCUGCUGCAUGUAUUGUGUACCUGGGCGUGCCUCUCAUCAGGCUGUGUAAUGGAUGAGUCAUCUCCACCACUGUGGCUCACAAGCGCAGCCUGAUGAACGAAACACACACACAGCAGCGUGGCAACAAUCAUGGCUUGGCGCAUGUUUGCCCGCUGCGCUGCCCGCCUCCCUGACCUCUUCGCUUCUGCGCUGCUUCUUGCUUGAGUUUGCCAUCACGUCAACAGGACUGUUUCAUUCAUCGGGCUCAAUCAUCGGCUUGCUUCCAUUCAACGGUUCCCUGUUUCCC